CUGCCACUUAUCGUUUCCCCUCGGUCAUAUUUGACUGUUACACUGGUUUGGCACACGAAUCACGGUUGAGAACAUCCUGGAGUACAUUUUACAAAGGGUUUCUCAUACAGGUCAGGCUGCGAGGCUGCUGUGAUGGCGGUGAAGCUGCAAGGCUUUGAGUUCUGGAAGACCACGCUGAGGGGAGCGCGUUACGUCGUUGCACCCAUGGUGGACCAGAGCGAGCUGGCCUGGCGUCUACUGAGCCGUCGCCAUGGCGCCGAGCUGUGCUACACGCCCAUGCUGCACGCGCAGGUGUUUGUACGCGACGCCAACUACAGGAAAGAUAACCUGUACAGCGAAGUCUGCCCCGAAGACAGGCCGCUUAUUACACAGUUCUGUGCCAACGACCCAGAGGUGUUUGUCCAGGCAUGUCUACUGGCUCAGGACUACUGUGAUGCUAUCGAUCUCAACCUGGGAUGCCCACAGAUGAUCGCCAAGAGAGGGCACUACGGAGUCUUCCUACAGGAUGAGUGGGAGCUGCUGGAGAAGAUGGUGAAGCUAGCCAAUGAGAAGAUCUCCGUUCCCAUCACCUGUAAGAUCCGUGUGUUUAACAAGAUGGAGGACACUGUUCAGUACGCUCAGAUGCUGGAGAAGGCUGGCUGCCAGCUGCUGACCGUCCACGGUCGGACCAAGGACCAGAAAGGACCCGCGACAGGCAUCGCUAGCUGGGAACACAUCAAGGCUGUACGGAACGCUGUUAACAUCCCUGUGUUUGCUAACGGUAACAUCCAACACCUGAGUGAUGUGGAGCAGUGUAUGGAGGAGACUGGAGUACAGGGGGUGAUGAGUGCAGAGGGGAACCUCCAUAACCCAGCUCUGUUUGAGGGUCUCAGCCCUCCUGUAUGGGAGAUGGCUGAGGAGUAUCUGGAGGUGGUCAGUCAGUACCCUCCCUGUACCCUGUCCUAUGUCAGAGCACACCUCUUCAAGCUCUGGCACCACACGCUGCAGAUCCACAAGGACCUGAGAGAGGAGCUGGCCAAGGUGAAGAACCUGCAGGGGCUGACAGAGGUCAGCAGACAACUCCGACUACGCUGCCAGGAGGAGAUAACCAAUGGAGGAGAGGAGGCGGGGCAGGUGGUUGGGCUCCCAUUCCCUCAUUGGAUCUGCCAGCCGUACGUCAGACCAGUGCCGAAGGAUCCGGUUGCUAACGGUAACGGUACGGAGGUGAAGGCAGUGUGUCACAAGAGGGCAUUGUCACAAGAGGACUCGGACGGGGCGAGCGAUGCCCUCUCCAAAAACAAACAGAAGAAGAAAGCCAGAAACCCCUACAAGAACUUCUGUCCCGAGCAGAAACCAAAGUACAUCAAGUGUGAGCAGUGUGGAAAUCCAAAGGCCCUAACCCUCUCUCUCCCAGGCCCUAACCCUCUCUCUCCCAGGCCCUAACCCUCUCCCUCUCUCCCGGGCCCUAACCCUCUCUCUCCCUAACCCCUCUCUCCCGGGCCCUAACCCUCUCUCUCUCUCUCCCUAACCCCCCUCUCUCUCUCUCCCUAACCCCCCUCUCUCUCUCUCCCUAACCCCCCUCUCUCUCUCUCCCUAACCCUCUCCCUCUCUCCCGGGCCCUAACCCUCUCCCUCUCUCCCGGGCCCUAACCCUCUCUCUCUCUCUCCCUAACCCCUCUCUCUCUCUCUCCCUAACCCUCUCUCUCCCGGGCCCUAACCCUCUCCCUCUCUCCCGGGCCCUAACCCUCUCCCUCUCUCUCCCUAACCCCUCUCUCUCUCUCUCCCUAACCCCUCUCUCCCGGGCCCUAACUCUCUCUCUCUCUCUCUCCCUAACCCCCCUCUCCCGGGCCCUAACCCUCUCUCUCUCUCCCUAACCCUCUAUCUCCCAGGCCCUAACCCUCUAUCUCCCAGGCCCUAACCCUCUCUCUCCCGGGCCCUAACCCUCUCCCUCUCUCCCGGGCCCUAACCCUCUCCCCCUCUCUCCCUAACCCCUCUCUCCCGGGCCCUAACUCUCUCUCUCUCUCUCUCCCGGGCCCUAACCCUCUCUCUCUCUCCCUAACCCUCUCUCUCUCUCCCUAACCCUCUCUCUCCCAGGCCCUAACCCUCUCUCUCCCAGGCCCUAACCCUCUCUCUCCCGGGCCCUAACCCUCUCCCUCUCUCCCGGGCCCUAACCCUCUCUCUCUCUCUCCCUAACCCCUCUCUCCCGGGCCCUAACUCUCUCUCUCUCUCUCUCUCCCUAACCCCCCUCUCCCGGGCCCUAACCCUCUCUCUCUCUCCCUAACCUCCCUCUCUCGCGGGCCCUAACCAUUUCCCUCUCUCUCCCAGGCCCUAACCCUCUCUCCCGGGCCCUAACCCUCUCUCUCUCCCUAACCCCCCUCUCCCAGGCCCUAACCCUCUCUCUCCCAGGCCCUAACCCUCUCUCUCUCUCCCGGGCCCUAACCCUCUCUCUCUCUCCCGGGCCCUAACCCUCUCUCUCUCUCUCCCUAACCCCUCUCUCCCGGGCCCUAACUCUCUCUCUCUCUCCCUAACCCCCCUCUCCCGGGCCCUAACCCUCUCUCUCUCUCCCUAACAUCCCUCUCUCCCGGGCCCUAACCAUUUCCCUCUCUCUCCCAGGCCCUAACCCUCUCUCCCGGGCCCUAACCCUCUCUCUCUCCCGGGCCCUAACCCUCUCUCUCUCCCUAACCCCCCCUCUCCCAGGCCCUAACCCUCUCUCUCCCGGGCCCUAACCCGCUCUCUCUCCCUAACCCCCCUCUCCCGGGCCCUAAACAUUUCUCUCUCUCUCCCGGGCCCUAACCCUCUCUCUCUCUCUCUAACCCCCCUUUCCCUCUCUCCCGGGCCCUAACCCUCUCUCUCUCUCUCCCUAACCCCCUAUCCCGGGCCCUAACCCUCUCUCUCUCCCAGGCCCUAACCAUUUCUCUCUCUCUCCCGGGCCCUAACCCUCUCUCUCUCCCGGGCCCUAACUCCCUCUCUCUCUCCCUAACCCCUCUCUCUCUCCCGGGCCCUAACCCUCUCUCUCUCUCUCUCCCUAACCCCUCUCUCCCGGGCCCUAACCCUCUCUCUCUCCCGGGCCCUAACCCUCUCUCUCUCCCUAACCCCUCUCUCCCGGGCCCUAACCCUCUCCCUCUCUCCCGGGCCCUAACCCUCUCUCUCUCCCUAACCCCUCUCUCCCGGGCCCUAACCCUCUCUCUCUCUCUCUCCCCCUAACCCCCCUCUCUCUCUCUCCCUAACCCUCUCUCUCCCAGGCCCUAACCCUCUCUCUCCCAGGCCCUAACCCUCUCUCUCCCAGGCCCUAACCCUCUCCCUCUCUCCCGGGCCCUAACCCUCUCUCUCCCUAACCCCUCUCUCCCGGGCCCUAACCCUCUCUCUCUCUCUCCCUAACCCCCCUCUCUCUCUCUCCCUAACCCCCCUCUCUCUCUCUCCCUAACCCCCCUCUCUCUCUCUCCCUAACCCUCUCCCUCUCUCCCGGGCCCUAACCCUCUCCCUCUCUCCCGGGCCCUAACCCUCUCUCUCUCUCUCCCUAACCCCUCUCUCUCUCUCUCCCUAACCCUCUCUCUCCCGGGCCCUAACCCUCUCCCUCUCUCCCGGGCCCUAACCCUCUCCCUCUCUCUCCCUAACCCCUCUCUCUCUCUCUCCCUAACCCCUCUCUCCCGGGCCCUAACUCUCUCUCUCUCUCUCUCCCUAACCCCCCUCUCCCGGGCCCUAACCCUCUCUCUCUCUCCCUAACCCUCUAUCUCCCAGGCCCUAACCCUCUAUCUCCCAGGCCCUAACCCUCUCUCUCCCGGGCCCUAACCCUCUCCCUCUCUCCCGGGCCCUAACCCUCUCCCCCUCUCUCCCUAACCCCUCUCUCCCGGGCCCUAACUCUCUCUCUCUCUCUCUCCCGGGCCCUAACCCUCUCUCUCUCUCCCUAACCCUCUCUCUCUCUCCCUAACCCUCUCUCUCCCAGGCCCUAACCCUCUCUCUCCCAGGCCCUAACCCUCUCUCUCCCGGGCCCUAACCCUCUCCCUCUCUCCCGGGCCCUAAUCCUCUCUCUCUCUCUCCCUAACCCCUCUCUCCCGGGCCCUAACUCUCUCUCUCUCUCUCUCUCCCUAACCCCCCUCUCCCGGGCCCUAACCCUCUCUCUCUCUCCCUAACCUCCCUCUCUCGCGGGCCCUAACCAUUUCCCUCUCUCUCCCAGGCCCUAACCCUCUCUCCCGGGCCCUAACCCUCUCUCUCUCCCUAACCCCCCUCUCCCAGGCCCUAACCCUCUCUCUCCCAGGCCCUAACCCUCUCUCUCUCUCCCGGGCCCUAACCCUCUCUCUCUCUCCCGGGCCCUAACCCUCUCUCUCUCUCUCCCUAACCCCUCUCUCCCGGGCCCUAACUCUCUCUCUCUCUCCCUAACCCCCCUCUCCCGGGCCCUAACCCUCUCUCUCUCUCCCUAACAUCCCUCUCUCCCGGGCCCUAACCAUUUCCCUCUCUCUCCCAGGCCCUAACCCUCUCUCCCGGGCCCUAACCCUCUCUCUCUCCCGGGCCCUAACCCUCUCUCUCUCCCUAACCCCCCCUCUCCCAGGCCCUAACCCUCUCUCUCCCGGGCCCUAACCCGCUCUCUCUCCCUAACCCCCCUCUCCCGGGCCCUAAACAUUUCUCUCUCUCUCCCGGGCCCUAACCCUCUCUCUCUCUCUCUAACCCCCCUUUCCCUCUCUCCCGGGCCCUAACCCUCUCUCUCUCUCUCCCUAACCCCCUAUCCCGGGCCCUAACCCUCUCUCUCUCCCUAACCCCCCCUCUCCCAGGCCCUAACCCUCUCUCUCCCGGGCCCUAACCCGCUCUCUCUCCCUAACCCCCCUCUCCCGGGCCCUAAACAUUUCUCUCUCUCUCCCGGGCCCUAACCCUCUCUCUCUCUCUCUAACCCCCCUUUCCCUCUCUCCCGGGCCCUAACCCUCUCUCUCUCUCUCCCUAACCCCCUAUCCCGGGCCCUAACCCUCUCUCUCUCCCAGGCCCUAACCAUUUCUCUCUCUCUCCCGGGCCCUAACCCUCUCUCUCUCCCGGGCCCUAACCCUCUCUCUCUCCCGGGCCCUAACCAUUUCUCUCUCUCUCUCCCUAACCCCCUAUCCCGGGCCCUAACCCUCUCUCUCUCUCUCUCUCUCUAACCCCCCUCUCCCAGGCCCUAACCCUCUCUCUCUCUCCCUAACCCCCCUCUCCCGGGCCCUAACCCUCUCUCCCUAACCCCCCUCUCCCGCCCCUAACCCUCUCUCUCUCUCUCCCUAACCCCCCUCUCCCGGGCCCUAACCCUCUCUCUCUCUCUAACCCCCCUCUCCCGGGCCCUAACCCCCUCACUCUCUCCAGGUCCCUAACACCCCCCCUCUCCAAGUCCCUAACCCCCCC